UCCUGGCACCACAACUCCCAGGAGCCUUUGCAGUGAUUGCGAGUUUAAUGACUUAAAGGUCUCCUCGACGGAGGCUCUGGGGGAUCCGGGGGUUGCGGGGGUAAGGUGAUCGCAGCAGAGUCUUCCCCGGGUGGUCAGAGGUGGUCAGUGAAAUGUCGCAUGUCCAUACAGUGAAUGCCUGCUGAUGAUUUGCUGCAGAGCCCCCUGUUCUCACUGCUUGUCCCCCACCCUUGAUCCCCGGACCCUCCUCACUAAUGACUGGCUGGAUUGUCCUUCCCAUCAGCCUGACAGCGUUCUCAAUCCCCGGGAUAUGGAUUGUUUACGCUAUGGCUGUGAUGAACCAUCAUGUGUGUCCGGUGGAGAACUGGUCAUACAACCUAACGUGUGCCGAUGAUAACACCAAGCAGGGGACACCCAAAUCAUGCUGCACCCUGGAAGAUGUCCCCCUCAUCAGCAAGUGUGGUACUUACCCUCCUGAGAGCUGCCUCUUCAGUCUGAUUGGAAAUGUUGGUGCAUUUAUGGUGGUGAUGAUCUGUUUACUGAGAUACAGCCAGGUGAUUGAGCUCAGCCACAGUUCCUGGCUGAACACCGUUGCUUUGAUAUCCGGCUGCACCAACGCGGCGGGUCUGGUCAUGGUGGGAAAUUUCCAGGUGGAUUACGCCAAAUCUCUACAUUAUAUCGGAGCAGGAGUGGCGUUCCCGGCAGGCCUGCUCUUCGUGUGUCUGCACUGCAUCCUCACGUACCACUUGGCGACCAAUACGCUGGACUUCUGGGUGGCUCAUCUACGUGUCAGCCUAACCACUGUGGCCUUAAUAUCCCUCGUUCUGAGUGGGGUCUUCUUCAUCCAUGAAAGUUCCCUCCUCCAGCACCUGGCUGCAAUCUGCGAGUGGAUAUUUGUCCUGGACAUCCUGGUCUUUUACGGAACCUUUGCGUAUGAGUUUGGCUCUGUCUCCAGCGACACUUUGAUGGCGGCGCUGCAGAGCGCCUCUGCGCGCAGCUGCAAGUCUCCUGGGAGCAGCAGCACCUCUACCCACCUGAACUGUAAUCCUGAACGGAUUGCCAUGAUCUGAGGGCGCUGGGACGGGAACAUCCGAUUACCGCCCUCCCCCAACACUCAGGACGGCUUUUUAUUACUUUUAUUUUCUUUUACGUAUUUACCAAAUAUAUAUAUAGAAUAUUAAGCCAGUAUUAACUGAUUCUCUGCCGAAGGGAGCUAAAAAUAACAGCCCUCGGCAGCGAACAGGUUCAGAGAACUAAAGAAUAGUAUUUGUUCUGGCUCACUUUAUUAUUUUUCACAUGUGCUUUUUCUUUAACACUCUCUUGGGGCUUUUUUUAUAUCUAAUUUCUCUUUCCGAUUGUAUUGUAAGCAUUGCUGGAAGAAUGCAACUUGUCAUGUUCAGGAGACUAUUGGUCCUUGUCUACAACAAGAGUAGGGUUAAUGGGCAACAUUCUAAACUCAAAAUACUGGUGCCAGACUCAAAGCAACUUUUGUACUUUCUACUGCCUCAUACUAAAACACAACGCACUUUGUACUGAUGGUGGUUAUGCUUGUGUUGUAUGCAUAACAUACACACUAGCAGGGUUGUGCACCAGCAACUACCAUUACCCUUAACCAGCAGAUUGUAACCCAUCACUACCUGGAGGGUGACUGGUUGCCUAACCCCUGCGCUGCAUAGUAUGGUGAUGCUGAGUACCUGGUUCUCAACAUUCCACAUUUGAUUCGAAAUGCUGAUGGUUUGUACACUCACGUGAAGAAACUAACCCUCACUAAUAUUUCUGUAAUCACUACAUAUAGUAUGCUGCAUAUAGUUGUGUAUCAAUGACAGCACAGAGUAUUUUUGUUAGUGACCUCACAAAUGAAAUUGUUACCCAGAUGCUCACAACUUAUAUAAAUAUGUAAUGUAUGUAUAUGAUUACCAGAUUACUUACAAAGCCUAAAAUUACAGAAAACAUCCGAGACCCAUUUCUUCGCAAUAGUAACAAUAACCUGCUGUACCCUAAAUGAGCCACUAGGUGUCGCCUUGUUAGACCUUAGCAAGCAAUUGUAUUUGUUAAAUCCCCAGCCUAAGGUCGCAUUUCCACAAGCCUUAAAUUUUGUAUUGUAUAAAUAUGUCAGGUUUCUACAUUUUUUUUCUCGUUUUCUCUUCCUGGAGAGUGACUGUUAAUUCUUCAGAUGGGAGGGAACUGAUCUUCCUGUACAAAACUGUUAUUACAGGCUUCCUCACUGCCACUUAACACAUACAGGAAACCUCAAAUGCAGCAAAGCCAGGAUUCCAGUCCCCGGGGCUCCCUGGGGGGCCCUCCGCAGUAACAUGAUGCUGUUCCACAUGGAUCUGGGGCAUCGUAUGUGUUUUCUUUUUUUUUUUUUAUCGAUAAUAAAAACAUUUUUUUAGCACA